CGAGUGAAAUUACCAUUCACUCAAAUCAACAUUCCAGCUAGACACUAGAGCAGAAAUUCAAGUAUACAUCUCACACCCCUUGUAACUGCAGCCUCUAUCCAUUACUCACGUGCUGUCACGUUGGGUUGUGUGGUCAUGACGUCACGUGAACAAUUUGACAUUUGAAUUGACGCACCCUGAAACAGAAAAUUGCUCGUUCGAAAUAUAAAUGCGUAUUUCAACCGUAGCAACAUCUGAAAUUGGAAUAACCUAGGCGCAUAACGAGCGUACAAGAUGGGAUAUAAGAAGGCCGUUCAGAUUUUGAAGCAAGCAGACGAGUUAAAAUCAAAGCUGACCAAAAAGUGUGACUGGUUGAACAGCAACGAAGAAUGGAUUAUGCUACAGCAAUUGCAAAAUUUCUACUAUCAGCUUUUGGUCAUGGACUUGGAAUAUGCGCUAGACAAAAAAGUGGAGCAGGACUUGUGGUCAGUUGGAUUCAGGAACGUCAUUACCUGUUUGCAAGAGUCUGCAUGUGAUAGUAAGAACUCCUCCAGAGCUUCUUAUCAAGCCUUGCUGAUGUAUUCCCUGGAAUCGGCCUCAGGAUUUUUUAUAACCUUACUUCAGGAGCUGUGCAAUGCAUUUGAUAUGGAUCUUCCAUUUAGAAGGCGCGGCAAUUUCUAUGGACAAAUGAUCCCUAGUUGUGAGAUAAAUAUGCCUCACAUCACAUCAUGCCUUUACAUCUGUCAAUACUGUUUGGUGCAUCUAGGGGAUAUAGCAAGGUAUAGGAAUCAGAGGAAGCAGGCUGAAACAUUUUAUAAGCAGGCCAUACAGAUUUCGCCAUCUAGUGGUCAUCCAUAUAAUCAAUUAGCACUCCUUGAAGCGAGCCAGAACAACAAGCUGGCUACAGUUUAUUACUAUAUUAGAAGUAUAGCUGUAAAGAACCCUUUUCCUGCCUCCUGUACAAACUUGGCCAACACUUUGAAUUCUGCUAUCGAUAAAGACAGUUUCUCGGAGAAAUGCCAGACAAAAAUAACAACAAACGAAUUUAUCCAACUAUUUCUUUGUACUCAUGGAUACUUGCAUCUUCAUACCGAAUUAAAACAAGCAGAGAUGUUCAUGAAAAGACUGAAUUCAAUAAUGACAGCUCUGGUAGCGACUCAGAGCUUCACUGGAGAUAUGUUAGUGAAGAUAGCUGCAAUCAAUCUAUUUGCCAUCAAACACGUGGAUGAGAACAAGCCAGAUGGAAAACGGGUUCGAGAACUAGUUUUGGAGCUGAUUGCUGGAUUUUUAUGUGCCCUGCUUGUUCCCAUACAUACACUGAACGUUGACGAGGGCUUGCUAAACUAUUAUGCUUUGCCUGCAGUUAAAAUUGUUUUAUACUAUGUUCAGCAUAACUCUGGGAUUUUGAAAGAGCGACCAUUUACCCAAAAACUGCUUAUAUGGCCAAGUUUGGUGAAGCUAGUGAAUGGUGUCCAGAAAUAUCUCAAAGGGAUAAAUUUAUCCAAAUAUGCAACCUAUCCACUUCCUGAAGACAAGAGCUUGGAAGGGUUCGUGCCACUUGCAAAAGCUUUUGAAGAGUUAAACUUUAGUGAAGUUAUAAAGGACCUCAAGAUAGAAAAGCUUUUAAGGCUCAAUAGGAUUACUAACAUCGCUAAGUGGCUGACUGAGGUAGACGUUAAUGGCAAUAAAUUGAUUGUAAGAACUCAAAAUAACAAAGAGGUGUCUUUUGAACCGGGGUUGGUGCAACCAGAUCCAACAGAUACCCUUUUAGAGGAAAUGAAGUCACUUCAUAUUGGAGGCUCUGAACAAGUUCCAAAAUCGGAAAAGAAGUCUGGUAUCCUGAAGCCGCAAGGCUCUUUAGAAAAGUCGAGAGAAGAAAAGGAAAUUCCUGUUGUGUCGGCGGCUGAUUUGAAUAGUGCAAAUGGAUCUAAUAAUAAGAUAGAGAAAAAUAGAAAGGGAAAACAGAAUAUUGCUUUGCAGUCUAUAUUCAAGAAAAUGGAAGAGACAAAUAAACAGGUGAAGUUCAGCGUAGACGAACCCGAAAAAGAUCGCAACAUUCACGUUCCCCUCCAAGAGCAACUGCAUCAACCCCCUCCACCGCUUCCCAUUCACACGCAGCCAUUUGGUCAUCGAUCUUCAUCAUUUUCAUUGCCUCUCACUGAACCAGACAUCAACUUCUUGAAACCAUUUAAUAAAGAAAAUACUUAUUCUGCACCAGAAAAUCCUAUACUGGGACCGAAUGUUAACAUACCACCCCCAGUCUUACCACCAUAUAGUAAACCUACACAACAGAUCUUCCCACAAAACAACCCUCCAAAAGGCGCUUAUGACACCUUAUCUAUGCCAAUGCCUUAUCAGAAUGUGCCAUAUAACUAUCCUUUCAACAUUUGGAGGCAAGAAGAGCCUCAAACAUCGUUGAACGUGCAGCAUUGGUGGGGCAACACUAGACAGCAGCAGAUGCCGCCAAACUGCAGACCACCGCAGGGUUUCCAAGCAUAUCAACAGACACCUGUGAACAAUAGACCCGCAGUUCCACCGCAGACCAUUAUGCCUCAGCUCAGUAAUUCACAGGGUAGUGGGGAUGUAUUUAGCAUGCCUUGGAAUAAUUACCAGAAUCCACAUCUAAGAACCUUCAUGGGCCCAGAAGGCACUAGCAAUCAAAACAUUUCUGUUCGUCAAGCCAUGUUGAAGGAAGGAAAUUUACCUUUGCCAUCACAACCUGAAGAUUCUAUGGAUCGAAUGAAUAAUGAUUUUUUUUAUACCAAAGCAGUCGCGCAGGCAGAAGCCUAAAUGUCCGCGGCUGCUAGGGGGAUCUCAAAGAAACUUUGUUAAUCCGAUUUUUAAACUGCCAAGCUUUCUACUGCUGAGAAAAACUACGUGCAGAACCCAAUCAAUAUGCCAGGCUAUUCUUUGUUUAACACCAACAGUUGGACUCCUAAUUUAGGCGGUCAGCUGAUAGGCAACAAACAUCCAGAAGACAAAACAAGCCACUUGAAUCAUCACUCAUUAUUCAGAGACCAUGAACCAAAGUCAUUGGCUCAGCUGUUAGAGCACCAGCAGAAUCAAAAUAAGUAAAGCAAACCAAUGUUGACUUGGACCAAAGAAACCUUUUUGACAAGGAAAAGGCAAAUCUGAGAUGACUUCGAUAAGGAAAACGUGAUCUUGAUGGAGAGAUUUGAGGGGCAUCUUAAGUGCAGGGAUAUCACCAAUGUUGAAAUAAAACAAAGUAGAGUCAAAAAUUGACAAAUUGGGAAGUAUCCUCUGGAAAUCGAAUGCAAAUAAUUAUCAGGGUUACAAUAGUGAAACUAUAAAUAUUAUACCCUAACUAGUUUUACAAUGCUCUGACCAUUUUCUUCUACUACUAGGCUAUACACCAUGUCAGUAGUUAUUUCUUAGUAUGGAUAUUCUGAUAGUUGAUCUGUUUUUGCAUUUCAAAAUAACCUAUAUUAUAUUUUGCUUCUUAAAUUCUGGAUUCAUUAUGUUUUAAACCAUUUUGUUAAUCUAAAUUGAAAAUGUUCUGACACUAUUAUGAACUGUUGGUCUGCCAAUUUUUCAUUGACAAGUUUUGCUGGUAAAUUGACUUUUAAACCUGUAUGUAUAGAAACUGACUAUUUCUUAGACAAGAGAACCAUUAAGUUUAGUUUGAAGUAAACAUAUGAAAUCUCCGUAGUAGCAUUCUUAAUAAGGGAGUACUGUUACAAUCAUAUAUGCUUUUUUCAAAACAAUUUAUGCAUAUGAAACCUUUCAUAACCUGUUUUUUCUCUGCUUUGGUUUUUGUUUUCUGUCAGCCCAGAUAGCUUGAAUAAAGUGUGUUGUCAAGGUGAAUACGUUUUCAAGUUCUUUAGAAGCUAUAAUAAUGAAAUUGCUUGUAGUGAAUCAUUUUUUGUUCAACCUGUAAUUAUUAUGUAACAGCUAUUUAAUUAAAUGUUUUCUGUUGAAA